UGUAUUGUGCCCUUAGGCUAGGAGAUAGAAUAUUUAGAAAACACUAGCGUCUACGAGCCUUCGAACUAGAGUCAGAAUGUCGUCCCAGAGUGAUUCUCAAGAUAUCUCGGGGGCGCCCUCGAUGGAGGAUGAAGUCCUCUCGGACGUGGAGUCCUCAAGUGCACAGUCUUCGGUGGGACAGGAUGUCGUCGUUGCCCUGGAGUUGCAGAAAGCCCUCGUAGCUGAGGCGGAAGCCGAGGGCUUCGAGCAAGAAUGUGAGGACGAAGAGUUGGCCCUAGCCUGGCAAGCAGCUGAAGAGGAGGCACAAAGAGAAAGCGUGAGGGUCACCGUUGCUGUGCUCCCCCCUCGGGGUGCUGGUGAGGCCAGCACCUCUCGGCCGCUGAAUGCGGUCCCCAUCCGGGUGGCCCCCGGAAAGAAGAAGGCCAAGGCCGCUGCUCCCAAGAAGAAGGGCAGCGUAGCAGACCAAGGGAAGCCCCUCGAUAUGCCCGAGGGGUAUUCAUAUUUGAACACCGUCGCCUUGGAGAUAAGGUCGAAGGCUGAUGCGGCGGACAUCUACGUCACUCAACUACACGUGGGCCCCUCGGCCAUCGUGGUGACACCGGGUCCAGAUGACGUCCUCUCCCGGGCUCCCGAGGGCUGUAUAGCGAUGCAUGUUCUCUCGGUGUCCAUGGGGCUCCGCUUCCCCCUGCACCCUUUCCUCCGGGAGUACCUUCGGUUCGUGGGUCUGGUCCCCUGCCAGCUGACCCCGAAUAGCCAUUCCUAUAUCACUGGCUUCCUCCAGCUCUGCAAGUCCCGGGGGGUGACGCCUAGCCUGGACCUCUUCUUCCAGAGCUUUAAUUUGUGCCGGGGGGGGCAUGCGAAUGCCGAGGGCUUCGCCAACUUACAGCAGGUCGCCCUCUUCAAGCUCUUUACCGAGGCGCCCUCCUCUAACAAAGGGUGGAAAGACCGGUGGUGCUACGUGAGGCUGACCGAGAGCCCCUUCCCGAGGGAAUUGCGUGACCGGUUUAGGAGGCAUGAGAAGAGGAGGAGCGCCGCCCUCGAGAAAGACGGCAGGAUCCUGGCCAAGAUCCCGGAGGACCGGGACAAAAACAUCACCAUUAAGGAGUGCACCAAGGAGGAGGAUCUCUACACCCUCGGGUUCAGGCGGUAUCGCUUUCUGGGGGAGACAGAUGAGAAGUUCCCGGCAUUCGAGGGAGCCUCCGGAGGUGUCAAGAUGGAUCUCAACGCCUUCGCCAACCUCAAAAAACAGAAGGCGAAGGUGUCGGGCCAGAAGGAGCCCGCAAAGCAGAAGCCCCUCGGGGAGACGAAGAAAGGCGGUGAGCCCUCGGGGGAGGCCGCAAAACGAAAGGCCGCCGGCAAGGCCCCAGUCCCCGAGGGGAAGAAACAAAAGAAGGGGGCGCCGGGAAGAAGGCUCCCUUGGUGUUGGUGGUGGACGAGCAUUCUGCCUCGGAACCCAGUGCUCCGACUGCUCCUUGCCCGCCCUCGGGCAAAGGUGGCGAGGUAAGCUUGCCUCGGGAGGACAUACAGUUCUCCCUGCCGAAGGGGUCUGCCAUCACGCAUGGCACAGUGGACCCCCGGGAAUUUCUUGGCGGGGCUACACCCGCUCUAGACAGGCGGGCCCUCGGGAAGCUGGAUGACGAAGCCCUCGAGUCCAAAAUCCUCCGGUCCUUUCUUACCGUAAGUUCUCCUCCUUCCUCUCUUCUUCUUUCUUUUUCAUUAGCCUCGUGGCCCAUGACUUUAUCUGUUUGUGUGAUCAUAACUUUGUUGUUUGUCUAAACAGGCUUGCAUAGCCCUCGGCGAACACGCCAGGAGAUUCGACGAAUGGCGCCUCCAGAGGGCGCAACAGGAAGAGUCCCUCAAGAAGCUCAUCCACGAUAACGCUGAGGCCAUGAGGCAGAUGGCUCAACUGGAGAGGGACCUCCAGCAGGCGAGGGCGGAAGCAAAGAGAGCCUCCCGGGAGAGGGUGGAGAUGGAGAAGGCGGCUGCCGAGGCUGCGAAGAAGGCCCUUGAAGAUGCCGAGGCCGCCAAAG